AGUAAGGUCAGUCAAGCAAAAAGUGUGGAAGGUGGGGUACUGUGGUCUAUCGGCUGGCAGCAGCAGAAUGUCAUCCAGAUUUUCUGGCGUAAAGCUUGGACCUCCCAUUGAAGUUUUUCAAUUAAAUAAAGCAUAUUUAGAUGAUUCUCAUCCUAAUAAAGCUAAUUUAACUAUAGGAGCAUACCGCACAAAUGAAGGGAAGCCAUGGGUGCUGCCAGUUGUCAGAAAAACAGAGAAACAUAUGGCAGAGGACAACACAAGCAACCAUGAGUACUUGCCAGUGCUGGGAAUGGAAUCUUUCACAUCUGCGGCAACAAAGAUGUUACUUGGGCAUGACUCGAGUGCUGUAGUUCAAGGACGGGCUUUUGGCGUCCAGACAUUGAGUGGUACAGGCGCAUUGAGAGUCGGUGCUGAGUUCCUAAACAGGCACCUACACUACACCACAUUCUAUUACUCAAAACCAACAUGGGAAAAUCAUCGCUUGGUUUUUACAAAUGCUGGCUUCACUGAUCCAAGGGAAUAUCGGUACUGGGAUCCACAUAAGAGGGCAAUAGACUUCGACGGAUUGAUUGCUGACCUGCGGGACGCACCUGAAAAUUCUGUUAUUAUAUUACAUGCUUGUGCCCAUAAUCCUACAGGGAGUGACCCAACACAAGAGCAAUGGAUAAAAAUUGCAGAUGUAAUGAAGGAAAAGAAACUUUUUCCAUUUUUUGACUCUGCGUACCAAGGCUUUGCUUCUGGAGAUCCUGAUAAAGAUGCAUGGGCUGUUCGUUACUUUGCUCAGCAAGGCUUUGAAUUUGUGUGUGCCCAGUCAUUUGCCAAAAACUUUGGCCUGUAUAAUGAACGAGUAGGAAAUCUGACAGUGGUACUCAACAGCAACGAUGAGAUUAUAAAUGUUAAAUCACAGCUUACUCUUACUGUGAGAGGAAUGUACUCUAAUCCACCUAAUCAUGGAGCAAAGAUUGUCAGCACUGUUCUCAAUAAUGAACAUUUGUGCCAAGAAUGGAAAGAUUGCAUUGUUACCAUGUCAUCUCGUAUCAAGGAAAUGAGGCAAGGUUUACAGGAGCGACUUCAACGACUGGGUACUCCUGGUACAUGGGACCACAUCACACAACAGAUUGGAAUGUUCUCUUACACAGGGCUAUCACCUCGUCAGUGUGAACAUCUCAUGAGUGAAUACCACAUCUAUCUCCUGAAGAGUGGACGUAUUAAUAUGUGUGGUGUCACUACGCAUAACAUAGAUUAUAUUGCCAAAGCAAUCCAUGAUACAAUCCUACUGUUGCCUGAAAGCAAAAUAUGAUAAAUUUAUUCAGUAUUAAUAUGUGACAUACUUUGGUUGUCUGCAGCCAACCAGAUUUGUUGAGGAUUUGUGGGUUUUGUAGUCUUGGCGAAUGCGUGCAGUUGUACUGGAUAGUUUUAACUUCUGCAGUGGCAACAGUUUUGAGUAGCCAUUGCAGUACGUAGACAGCUGAGUUUCUUAAAACACCAAGUAUAUAUAAAGUCUUACGCUGAUCUUAGGGCCCAAUUUUAUACUUUGUGUGUGUGUGUGUGUGUGUGUGUGUGUGUGUGUGUGUGUGUGUGUGUGUGUUGGAAGGAAAAAGGAAAUAUUGUGUAAGUACACUAAACAUUGUGGAAUGUGGUUUUAUGAACAUUGUUUGCUCUCAGGGAAAAUACAUUUAAUUAUUUUACUGUAUCAAAUUUAUUCUUUAAUCGAGUUUAUGAAAUAGAAACAACUUUUAAUUAGAAUAAUGUGGUAGAUGGAAUUGCACUCUAAAAAGGGGGAAUUUUGGUUGUUGAAAAAGUAAAUAUUUUUAUACUUUGAAUGUAGUUCAACAUUAUAUAGAUUUAUGAAAUAAUUGAGAAAAUUGGUAUUAUAAGUUUAUGGCUGACAAAAAAAUGACAUUAUGCAAAAACAUAUUGAGACAGGUAUAGAAAUCAGUGUUAUGUGAUUUUUUUUUUGCAUUUUAUAAUAUAGAAGCUUGCUGCUGUAUAGAACAUUACCAGUUUAUUGCAGUUCUGAAAUAUUUAUUUGUGCUGUAUUACAUAUAUUUUCAUUUGGAACGUUUUAGUGGUAUUCUGCAGCAGUCAUUAUGAUAUGUUUGCAUUAUGCCUAUAAAGUUAUUUAGCACAUUCAAUUUUUCUUAAAGUCACACUGAUGAAUUUAAUUAUUAAUUUGAGAUAAGCUACGUAUAAGCCUAAUAUUGCAAUAUUUGCAAAAUAUUGAAAAAAUAACCUUGUUCACUGUGAAAAUAUAAGUGAUAACAGCAAUUAAUUUUAAGAUUGUAACUGAGGACUCUGCAUUUGAUCACAACUGCAAUUUUUAUGCUUUCUGUUACAUGGUCUCAAAUUAUGUUUUGACUUUCUGCAUUUUUUUUAUCAUUACACCAUUUUUACUGCCAGCCUGUUACAGUAUUUUGUACCAUUUUACUAUGAAGAAAGUUUUCCCAUUUCACAAUUAAAUGUUUCUUCUGUAUAGUACUAUAGAAAACCUUCAAACCACCUAUUAGUGUUGUUCAAAUUAUUGAAUGACAGCAAGACUGUAAAUAGUUAACCUCAGUGACAGUUAUUUCCAGAACGCCCCUUGUAUGUUAAAACAUUAAUUUCAUUAGAUAACUUUUAUUUUUCCUGGAGAACAUCUUUUAGCCGUGCCCUUGCAGAAAAACUUGUAUUUACAGUAAACAAAAAAUAACUCCAUAGCCUUCAAAAAAUUUGUUCUCUUAGAGAACAACGGUCAUUAACUAAUAUUACUUACACAAGACCUGAGACAGCCACUAAUCAUUCAUUGCAUUAUCAUGUUAUAUGCAUGAUGAUGAUUUGGCUAGGGCCUCCCAUCGAAUAGACACCACUUCGGCAACUUGCAUGUCAAAUAUUAGGUAUACAAAACUGUAAAAUCAGAUACCUAAUUAUAUUUUCCCCAGAGCCAUAUUCCACUCUUACCCCCCAAGGAUAUUUCAAAGCUUUCACUGAUGUUGGAAUCAAGAAUUUUGCUAUGUACCUAACUUCUCCUAACAAUGCUUGCAGAGAUAUUUGGAGAUCUAUUUUCAUAUAAUUUGGUUUUACCAAAGUUGGUAAAAAAUGAAUUUAUUUUGCAUUUAGUUGAAGGCUCCCAGACCUGCUACCCAUCUUUCUGUAUUAUUCACAUAAAAUCAUACUCCAUGGUGUUAGUUGAAUGUGUUGACUUUAAAUGGCUGUAAGCUGAACAUUGUUAAUAAGAUAGGAAAACAAAAUGUAUCAAGUAACAUCAAUACAACUGUUGUCAUCUUAUUGUCCUUUGGUUGCAUACGAAGUUGUUUGGCAUGAGAUAGUAAGAUACACUUACUUUGUAAGAUCGUAAGGUAUUGCUAUAGCCAACAGCUAAUGUUUAACAGCCGUUUGAAGAGUAUUACUUUUGAGAUUUAAUCUGCAUCCACUCAUGCCUCCUACUAGAUUUUAGGGUGUGGGCAAUGUACAUGGGUUCAGAUGAUGUUCAGUACAUUUGGUCAUAUCGUUAAACCACUGUAAUUGUAUGACAAGGCAGCUAUGUCAUAUAAUUUCAAAUAUUUGUUCCUUUGUUCAAGUUGUGGUACUGUUGCCUUUAACACGACUAGUGAAGUCUUUCAGUAAUAUUUGAAUGAAAACUAAUUUAUCAAAGUGUUUUUCCCUGUAUUGGAAUCAUGUAUUACCUAUGAGAGUGAUUUAGUUAUGUAGUUCCUGAUAUAACAAAUUUAGGGAAGUACAAAGUGUGAUUUUGCAGUUAGCAAAAUAUAAACAACAAUUAAAAUUAUAAAAAAAUAUUUAUUCAGUGUUGAUUUUUUUGUUGAGUUGUCUUUUGUUCAAUAGCAUGUUGACAGAAAAAAAUAAAGUUGUAAGAUUUA